AGCUCAAAAUUGCGUACAAAUUUUACUAAAACUAAGUAUCAACUGUUUACUGCUCCGCCCCAUUGACAGUACUCAAACAAAAAUGACCGGAGAAGUGGUAGAGCCGACGACGAAAACCUUCAAGUUUUCGUACCCGACCUGCACGAACGAGGAUGUGUUCUUCCACCUGGAGGUGCCGGUGCAGAUCCCGGGCGCGCGCAGCGGCGGCCGUGAGCUGGUGCAGCGCGCCAUGGCCAUGUUCCACGUACCCGUUUAUCUGGAGGACGAGCUAAAUGAGAAGCUAGCACAGUUCAUAGCGGAGGAGAGCAAGAAGUUCCAUGACGAGCGCGACGCGCGGCUCCUGGCCGCCCUUCGGGGGGGCGAGGGGGGGGGGCGCGCGGAGGGGGCCGUCAAGCGCUGGGAGAAGAGGUUCAAGGAACACGUGCGGGAGUACGCGGAGCAGAAGGACACCUCCGAUGAAGAGGUAUUUGCGGCCAUGUACCACAAGCUGGUGCACUCGCCCGCCCUGGAGGCGGUCCUGCGCGCGGAGGCGGGCUACGCGGCCGCCGUGCGCGCCGCCGCCGCCGCGAGGGACGCCGACGUCAAGCAGCUGACACAGAGACAAACAGAAGAGAUGGAACAAGCGCUCCGCAACCUGAACGUGACCACGACCGAGGAGCAGAUCAACGCCCUCGCGGUGCGGCAGUUCGAGGAGCAGGCGCUGGCGGCCGCGCGCUGGGGCUCGCAGCUGGACGCGCUCGCGCAUGCGCAGCGCGCGCAGCACCGCGCGCACCUCGCGCACGCGCUCCACCAGCAGGCGUCACCCCCGUCAUCCCCCCUGUCCCCGCUGGCCGGACGCGCCCCCUCGGCCGGGGGCGGGGGCGGGGCGGGCGGGGCGGGCGCCCACAUGCAGGAGAGCUUCACCAUCCACCUCGGCUCGCAGCUGAAGCAGACGCACAACAUACGCAUCGUGGCCAUGGACGUCGAGGACCUGUUCGACACUUCCGGAGACAGCUCUUGGGACGGGCCGCGGCUGCAGACGGCGCUGGCGCUGUACUCGGGCGAGCUGGCGGGCGCCGUGCUGCUGUGCCAGGCGGGCGGGUGCGCGCCGCCCGCGCCGCCGGGAGCGCUGCUGGCGGCGGCCACCACCACCGACCACCACUUCCCCCCCCUCGACCAACAGCUGAGGACUGUCGCGGAACGAUCGGCGGAGCCCAUCGAGAAGCGCAACGCGGCGCGGCACUCGCGCAGCGUGGCGUCGGCCGCCGGCUCCGCCCCCUCGCCGGCCGGCCCCGCCCCCUCGCCGGCCGGCCCCGCCCCCUCGGCGCCGCGCCCCCGCCGCGGGCCCGCCACCGGCGACGUGUUCGUGACGCGCCACAGCAACCUGCCCGACGCGCACGUCGUGUUCCAUCUGGUCAUUAACGACGAUACGAGGGAGAGCGGAGAGAUGACAUCCCGCCACCCGGCGAUACUGGGCCUGCGUUCGGUGUUGCAGGGCGCCAGCAACAACGACGUCACGAGCCUGGCGCUGCCCCUGCUCCUGCGACACGAGCUCACGGAGGAGAUGACAGCGGCAUGGAUCGUGCGGCGCGCGGAGCUGGUGCUGAAGUGCGUGAAGGGCUUCAUGCUGGAGGCGGCGGGCGGCGGCGGCGCGCAGCUGCGCACGCUCACGCUGCACGCGCCGCGCGGCCUGGCGCCGCCCGUCUUCUCCGCGCUGCGCGCUCUGCUGCCCGCCGUCUUCAGGAUCUCCACGCCGCUCAAGAUCAAACCGCGCGAGUAG